AGCGCUCCCCUCCCAAGAAACGCGCCCUGCAUCGUCUCGCCCUGCACCACCACCGCGUCCUGCACCACCACCACCACCGCGUCCUCCACCAGUCCCCCAGCUGCCGCGUUCCCCGCCACAACCAUGCGUGAGAUCGUGCACAUCCAGGCCGGGCAGUGUGGCAACCAGAUCGGCGCCAAGUUCUGGGAAGUGAUCAGCGAUGAGCACGGAAUCGACCCCACGGGCUCGUACCAUGGAGACAGCGACCUGCAGCUCGAGAGGAUCAACGUCUACUACAACGAGGCGUCGGGGGGUAAGUUCGUCCCAAGAGCCAUCCUAGUCGACCUGGAACCCGGCACCAUGGACUCCGUCCGAUCUGGACCUUUCGGACAAAUCUUCCGGCCCGACAACUUCGUCUUCGGCCAGAGCGGCGCGGGUAACAACUGGGCCAAGGGCCACUACACGGAGGGUGCGGAGCUGGUGGACUCGGUGCUGGACGUGGUGCGCAAGGAGGCGGAGAGCUGCGACUGCCUGCAGGGCUUCCAGCUGACUCACUCGCUGGGCGGCGGCACCGGCUCGGGCAUGGGCACCCUGCUCAUCAGCAAGAUCCGCGAGGAGUACCCCGACCGCAUCAUGAACACCUUCAGUGUGGUGCCCUCCCCCAAGGUGUCGGACACGGUGGUGGAGCCGUACAACGCGACGCUGUCGGUCCACCAGCUGGUGGAAAACACUGACGAGACGUACUGCAUCGACAACGAGGCGCUCUACGACAUCUGCUUCCGCACCCUCAAGCUCACGACGCCCACAUACGGCGACCUCAACCACCUGGUGUCGGCCACCAUGAGCGGAGUCACCACCUGCCUGCGCUUCCCUGGCCAGCUCAACGCCGACCUGCGCAAGCUCGCCGUCAACAUGGUGCCCUUCCCGCGCCUGCACUUCUUCAUGCCGGGCUUCGCGCCGCUCACCAGCCGCGGCUCGCAGCAGUACCGCGCGCUCACCGUGCCCGAGCUCACCCAGCAGAUGUUCGACGCCAAGAACAUGAUGGCGGCGUGCGACCCGCGGCACGGCCGCUACCUCACGGUGGCCGCCAUCUUUCGCGGGCGAAUGUCCAUGAAGGAGGUGGACGAGCAGAUGCUGAGCGUGCAGAACAAGAACAGCAGCUACUUCGUCGAGUGGAUCCCCAACAAUGUGAAGACGGCCGUGUGCGACAUCCCGCCGCGCGGCCUCAAGAUGUCCGCUACCUUCAUCGGCAACAGCACGGCCAUACAGGAGCUGUUCAAGCGCAUCUCCGAGCAGUUCACAGCCAUGUUCCGCCGCAAGGCCUUCCUCCACUGGUACACGGGCGAGGGCAUGGACGAGAUGGAGUUCACCGAGGCGGAGAGCAACAUGAACGACCUCGUCUCCGAGUACCAGCAGUACCAGGACGCCACGGCCGAGGAGGCGGGCGAGUUCGAGGAGGAGGAAGGCGAGGACGACGAGGAGGCCUGAGCCGUCGGGCGACCUCGUCGCUUGCCGGGGGUAGUGAAAUCCGUGGAAGCUUCCUCGUCGCUCUCUCCCUUUCUCUCUUUCUCUCUCUCUCUCUCGAUUGUUCCAUUUGCGCUGCCCAAUGGAUUUGGGUUGGGGUGUGUGUGUGUGGGUGUGAGUCGCCAUGCUGGUGGUGAAUCUGUCAUUCUGCAGGUGGUAAAAAUUGUCAAUCCGCUCGUCUGGCUGUCAUACUGGUGGGCGAUCAGCCAGCCCCAGCAGUCAGGUUGCUGUGCUGGUGGCAAAGCUACCGUGUUGGCGGCCUUGCCACCACACCGGCGGUCAGAUCGUCGUUGGUCAGACCGAACAGCGGAGGGAUGCCGUAAUGGAAAUCGAAGUUCGGCACAGUUGGCAUUUGGACAACAAGCGGGCACCGAGUUGUAGUUGAGAGUGGCGCAGUACAGGGGUCGUGACUACCACGGUUGGUCUCCAGUGUUGAGCAACCGAUGCUCGGCACCGCGUGUAGCCCUACCCCUAGCCAUGACGUUCCACUCCGAAAUAAUAAUUGCAUAAUGGAGCAGAGGGAACGACGCCUCGUGUUUGAGUGGUGCGUUUAUACCUACAUACACCUACCCAGAGCGGUGUGUGUGUGUGUGCGUGUGAUGGGGAGCAGUAGUGUAGCGGUUAGCGCGCUGUACUACAAACCCGGCGACCCGAGUUAAAUUCCAGAUCACGGCCAACACCAGUGAUGAUUAUCUGAACCAGUCCUGCGCCUCUCUUAGGUCGACUCAGCAUCAAAUGAGUUCCUGGUGCAGUGUGUAAACAUCGCCACUGGGGAGACAAAUGCGGCCGGGCAUGGUGCUGGCCACCCACCCCAUCCUGCACCGUGCCGGACUCCAUAGGGGCUCGCUAACAGCACUUGUCCCAACAGCCUGUUCAGGCUAUACAGGGGAUCUUUGUCUUUGUUUUUUUUGUAUGAAUACAUCGCACGCACAUACACACAGUGAAUACUGAGAUUCUCAAUGAGAGGCAUCGUUGUAACUUCCCCAUAUAUCAGCGAUGGCUCACCGUUCCAGGUUGAGGAGGCAACUCCAAACGUCACCUCGGGGUUUCCAUUCUCAAGUAAAUUGUAUGCAAAGGCAGAACUGGUCUGUUGUAGUUCAUUCACCACCACCAUCAUCAUUCAGCCUUCACAUUCCAAACGUCCACCUGCAUAGGGUUAUUAUCACUGGAGACUGGAAAAAUCCGGGAUGGAGCUUUUGUAGCCUCUGCUACCUGAAACCACGCGGUGCCGCUGCCAUCAACGGAACCUCCCAGGCGCUUUUGAAAACUGGACUACGCUCUCUCAACCACGCUCUGGAAUGAAAUCGAACGAGCAACAUUGGUCAGCGCAAACCUCGGUGUGGAGGGAAGGAGGAGAGAUGACUGAGAAGCUUCCGCGGAUUCUUGUGAGCUAAGCCACAGGCCCUCAUGUAUUAAAACACGUGUAACAGCGCAUGCGUAUGUGAGCCAGCUCGUCGUCGUCCUGACAUCAUCAUUGUCGUUAUCACAUCAUCAUCGCCACCUCAUGCCACAAUAUGUUGUCAUUGCAAGAAUUUCACAACAUCGCAUCAUCACACCAUUGUCACGACAAACUGGCGGCCCGUUUCGUCACAUGAUCACGAUAAAAUUACAACACAUCAUCACAUUGUGACACCACCACCACUACGUCACCAUCAUGACACCAUCGUCACAAUAUGCCUACCACAUCAUCUCGUCAACCGCAUCAGAGCAUACCGCCACAUCGCAUAACCUCGACACCCAGGUGAGAAUCGUUCAUUAUCCUGGGGAAAUCCGAUGAGCUAUGAAGCUCUUUUUCACAGAUAUCCAGUAAAUGCCUGCACUACCACAUCCAUCAUUGCAGCAUUGUCCUCAUCAUCACGACUUCGUGUCGCGAGGCGUUAAUGGGUCCACUACCAUUAACCAACCUUCCACUGUCAAUUCACUGCCACUGUUGAUCAUUUAAUCACCGCUAUCUAGUUAUCAUCACCCCGUGUGAACCACCAUACCCAGGAUGGACGAGGGUUGACCAUGCGUCGACCCUUCACUUUUAAUCGCCAAGUGACCCAUCUCGCCGUGCCUCCUCUGCCCACUCCUCGCUUCAUCAUCCGGACACCGUCUGCCGCACGGGCGCACACACAUGUCCAGUUAAAGUCCGCGGACCCAGACCAGGGAUCCCAUCCGCCGGUGCCGACCUGAGUUGGCCAAAACAUUUAGUCGUGUUCUUGCUUUAGGAAGGGAUCAACAAACCGUCGUGAGCUAUUCGGACGCAUGCCACUGUCAACGGGAAGAUGCUAUCGCGUGUUCAAACCCGUUGGGAAGUUCUUAUCCCCCCAUGUUUACAGCCCUGAUUUGGUAGUGACAGUACCACGUGGUUUGUGGACCACAGGGGCCCCAAUUGAGAACGUGUUAAUACUGUGACGACUGGGCUCUGUGUAGCCUCUGCCGCAUAGUGCUACAGAGUAUAGAGCAACGGAUGCAAGUGUUGCAACGUGGAACACGGAGCUGAUGUCGUUUCCAUUAUUUUUUUUGUAAUAAAGCACAGUUGGUAGAUUUGACCGCCAACCAUGCACACACAGUUGGUCGUCGCCAAUCGUGUAAUGAAGGGAGUCCCGAGGCCACUACUGGACAGGAGCAACUAAAGGAGUGAAAGGAAUGGGAGACCAUGGCAGAGAGCGAGAGAGAGAGGGGGGCCCUCGCCCAGCAGUGGGAAGUUAGAGAGACUCGAGUCGUCGCCGCUCUGGUGACCGGGAGAUCGUUGAUCGAUGUUCGGUCGCCGGGGCCGGCGGUGUCGUGAGUCGUGAUUUCUCGCUCAAACGGAGUCGGUCGUAUGAACGAAGGCUGCUGCCAUCUUCCACUCCGUUUACGGACUGAACAAAGAACGACCAAUACACUCCUGCCCCUUGUAAAUAAACACUGCAAUUACCUGGUCAACAUGAUACGUUGGCACGUCCACCAACAAGGUUGGCAUGGUUUUUGCCGAGUAGCCCUACCACUGAAGUUUUUGCCAAUUUAAUUGGCACCAACGUUAACUCUGGCCCCAGAUCUAAUUCCCCUCUCCUCCCGCCGUUUGGUCCCCCUCAUCCAUGAACUCUGCUUCUGUCGUCGCCUCCUCCGGUCUGUUGCCACGAACUUUAUGCAAAGCAUUUGUCGAGGUCUAUGUUGAUAUAAUUUGUCGGCGUCGCAUGCGCUGUGAUGGUGCACCGAUGUGGUUUUUUUUGUAUUAUUUUGGCGGGACGAGCUUGCGCGGACACGUACGUCACUCACGACGCGUGCUUUGUUACGCGUGCUUUGUUACGCGUCGUAGUGCGAGCCAACAAGAAUAAAACAAACAAGCUGCCAACUUUA